AAAAGUUAGUUAGAAAGCAAGCUUGCCGGGAUAAAUACCCACUGAACCAUGGAGCAAACCGAAGUGAUGAAACCAGAAACUCUUGAUGAUCUGAUCAAAGUUUUGCAUAAAAUCUUUGAAAGUGACAAUAUCAAUGUGGAGGAGGUGCAAAAUAUAAUGGAAGCAUAUGACAGCAAUCCACAGGAAUGGAUGAAAUUUGCGAAAUUCGACCAGUUCAGGUACACAAGGAACCUGGUGGAUGAAGGGAAUGGAAAGUUCAACCUCAUGAUACUGUGUUGGGGAGAGGGUCACGGAAGCAGUAUCCAUGACCACACAGACUCCCACUGUUUCAUGAAGUUGCUGCAAGGCCAGCUGAAGGAGACGCUUUUUGAAUGGCCCGAUAAAAAAACAUGCAACAUGGUUCAGAAAUCUCAGAGAAUCCUGCAAACAAACCAGUGUGCCUACAUCAAUGAUUCCUUUGGGCUGCACAGAGUAGAGAAUGCCAGUCACACAGAAUGUUCGGCCAGUUUGCACCUGUACAGUCCCCCCUUCAAGACCUGCCAGACCUUUGACCAGCGGACUGGACACAAGAACACUGUCAAGAUGACGUUCUGGAGCAAAUUUGGAGAGAGGACUCCAUUUGAAACCACAGUCUCACAAGAAAAUAACUAAGAAGCUGAAGACAUUUGCGUUUGGAAUGACAAUGUUGUAAAUUCAGUCAACAUGACACGGCAAAGAAGCAAAAUGCGGACCUACAACUAAACAACCGUUUAUAUUGGAGCGGACAUUUCAAAAGGACAUGUGGGUAGUUAGAAUGGCUUUAUCACUGCCCAGUGUGAGCUUGGCAAAAACUGAUGAGCACAGGAUGAAUUGCAUGAAUAGGCUCAGCCAUGGAUUGAAUCUGGUCUUUGUUUGGUAGGCCUGAGGAGAAACCCUUCCCAAUAACAGCAUUCCUAUGUGUCUAUGACCUCUGUAACCACACUUUUGGACUGUUACGGCGGACGGUUGAAGUGUAUAAUGUAUGAGUGGAAAUAGGUUGUCUAUUCAAUCACAUAAAGUGAUGAUCUAAAAUCAAUCUGUGAUCAACAGUUUUACACUCAAUGGAGCACUUUUAUUGCGGUAUAGAUUUUUACACAAAAUGAUCUUAACACUUGUCAAAAUAGUGAUGUAACAUGAAAUAGUUUGUAAAGUCAAAUUAGAGCAUUUGGCAAAGGUAAAGCUUUAUAAAUGUAUUGGAAAAUAUGAUGCCUGUAAUUUAUAUUUGCUGUGUUCAGUUUUUGGGGAUGAGAAGGGGUGAUAAUUGGUAUUAGCUAUUUCAGUGUCAUUCUUGAAUGUGUUUCAUUGGUUUUCAGCCUAUGUAUUAGGAGACCAGUCAAGAAGAGUCUGGACUUUAGGGGCAGGGUUGUAUUAUAAUAAAGACAAUGUUCUCACUUUUUCUCAGGA